AUGGUGGUGACAGGAUGGAGGAAGCGUCGUCAUCUGCCUCUCUCCUUCCCCUGUAUGCGGUGCUAUAAAAUGAUGCCCGUUGCAGCAGCAGCAAUUGUUGGAAGACGCCUUUGGUUGGUGUGCCACGGAAGAGCGGAUGUUGCAGUGAUUGAAGUUGUUGUUGUCGUGACAAUGUGUUGGUGGGCGUUGCUCGUUGAAGUAGAUGGAGGUGCUGCUUAUGUGAGGGAUAAGUGGUGA